AUGUCUACGACAAGCAAUGUCUCGACGACAUUUACUUGCUUCGCGAACCUCCCAACAGAAACCAGACUGCAAAUAUGGGAAACUGCAGCGGCGCGAGAACAAGACGCGGCUAUACAUCAUUGUGCCAAAGAGUACUGCCUGGAAUACUGUCUUGAAUGGCCUGAUCAACCAAUAUCACACGCCAUGGCCGAGACGUGUCGAGAGAGUCUAGAAGUUAUCCGCAAUACCUGCAUCGACACCAUCUUUAUGCCUUUACACCCGAAGGCACUUGCCAGACUCGAAUCCUUGGAUGAAAGGGUAGAUGCAAUUGCCACAUUGUGGCCGGAACAGAAUACCUUGAAGGACCUUCAAGCCUGCCUAAUGAAGCGAGUAGAGGCAAACGAGCGUCACAGAACCAAGACAAUCUACAUCGGCAUCUCGGCGAUAGUAUGUGAUUACAAUACUGAUCUUGGUGGUUUGGGGUUCAAAGUCUACGAUCUGGACGACACGUCGUUCCCACAAUUUCUGGCCAAAGUUGCAACCAGCUAUUACGGACGUCGGCUCCACGCUUCCAAUGAAUGUUUCAUAAAGAAACUCAAAGUUUAUUGGAAAGAAAAUGAAGUCGUUAGGGAACUACGAGAGACGUGGGACAGGCUUAGACCAGGAAAGGAGAACGUCAUGCCCGUGUUGAAGCCCGUCGUUAUCUUUGCCGACUUCUAUCGACUGUUUAUUGGAACAGAAACGUCCAUUGGAAACCACCAACGAUCGAAUGGCCUGUACCUGGAUCUUUCCAGAGGAUGA